GGAUUGUGUGAGGAGAGCAUUUUCAGGACGCUUCAGUCCCUGAUUUUUACUCAUUUUUAUUUAUUUAUUUAUUUAUUUAUUGUUUUUGCUUUUCUGUGUCGGCUUUUCUUCUCUCACCCUGUUCUCUCUCUCACUUCGUCCAAGUCGCAGACCCAAAAUUCCCUUUCUUCCCCUUCACUGUAUCUCACCCUGUUCUCCUUCACCUGUUAAUUUCCCUUUGUAAAAUUCCCCUUCAAAGCUGUGUGUUGGAUCUUCAUCAAUUUAUACUUUGUAAAGAUGUAAGUUUGUGUCCAAGCUAAGACUCUUUACUCACAACCAGGCUGGCUGCUGUUUAUUUAUGGGCACCUCAUUAAGCAUACUCAAAUUGAGAAGAGAGUCUCAAAAAAGGAAAAGGAGAGAAAUAUGUUGCGCAAUGGAGGCAUGUUAUUGGAAGAGCUACUCCAUUCAUGUGAUGGAAAAUAUAAUCCGUUCCGAAUUUUCUCAGCUCAAGACCUUGUAAUUGCAACCGAUCACUACUGUCACCAAGUUCAGGAUGAUGGUACUUACAAGAUCCACAGGGGUUCUUCCAAUGGCCGUCCAAUACUUGUCAAGUCUUAUUACCAAGUAUUUGGAUCUGGUUCUGGUAUUAAUGAUAUCGUGUUUGCAUCACAGUCAAACAACCACAGCAACAUACACAUGCUCUUGGGCUGCUGCCUUGAAACUGAAUAUCCGAUCCUAGUGUUUGAGUAUCCAGAAAAUGGACUUCUUUCUGAUCAUAUAUUUGGCGAUCAUCAUCAUCAGCUACUACCUUGGGAUUGUAGGUUGAAGGUUGCCAAGGAGGUUGCUGAUGCUUUGGCGUAUCUCCACACUGGGUUGUCCACGCCCAUCAUUCACAGGCACGUAAAACCAUUAAACAUAUAUUUAGAUGGAAAUUAUGUUGCCAAACUAUCAGAUUUUAGUUUGUCUAUAUCAAUUCCUCCAGGGGGAGGAGUAGGUACAAACUACUGUGGCAGGGACUUGUGGAUAUGUGGCUUCAGAAGCUACUGAGAAGUGUGAUGUUCUCUACGGAACGCUUUUGAUUGAAAUUUUGUUAGGAAAAACGGUUUAUUCUUUACUAAUGGAAGAUAUUGAUUCUA